AUGUACGGUCCCGACUUACCACCGUCGAGGUACCACCACCAGGCGGAUCCGCCGCCGCUGCCUAACGGGUCCAAGGCGCUGAGCCUCCUGCUCCGCCUGUGCGCGAUGCUGCUCGCCGUCGUGUCGGCGGUGGUGAUGGCCGCGUCAAGCGAGUGCGCCGCCCACGCUCCCUCGGACGACUCCGGCGCCGCCGCAUCCGUCGUCACCUUCACCUAUAACCGGUUCGGUGCUUUCGUGCUCUUGGUCGGGUGCAACAUCACGGCGGCCAUCCUGGAGGCACUGGCGGUGUACCUGCACGUCAGCCUCGACGUGGCCGCCGUCACCGCCGCCGCUGCGGCCGACGAGAAGGAUAGUCUGGACGAGGAGGAGGCGCCGGCCGGGGUCAACAUCCCCGCCAUCGUGCUCGUGGUCGUGGACCUGCUCGUGCACGCGCUGCUCUACUCGGCGACGGCGGCAGCCUACACGGCGGCGGCCGCGUACGCCGCCCAGAUCGGCGCCUGCGCGCGGUUCGCCGGCCAGGUGGAGCGGGCCAAGAUCCUGUCGCUCGCUGCCUCCAUCGCCGUCACCCUCGCCGCCGUCGCCAAGGACGUGCCGCUGCCAUUCAACGUCCCGCCCGUUCUAGGCUGA